UAACCGAUCAUUUCGCUAGUUUAAAUGGCAACCUUGGAGAGAAAAAAAACUUCAAAAAUGCGUUAAAAAGCAAAGUGGAAUCUUAAUAUAGCUACUGAUAUCAGUCGACCUGAUUAACUGGCUCGAUUAACAUGCAGGUCAAUAGCGAUAUGUUUUCCGCUCUGCUGGCUAUGUCGGUCAUGCGGUCCAGAUUGGUGUUAACAGAGUCGCUGGUGUAUCAUUUUGUGUAUAGACCUGGCGCGGAGGAGACAGAUUGCCGGGCUUCAGUAGUCAUGAAUGGGCAGAGGCUGUGUGUUCAACACCCACAUCACUGAAUAUUGGAAGAAAGUAUCAAGAUACCUGUACACUUUGAUGUCGGUCAACUCUUUUAAGACUGAAAACAUUUCAGCUUAGGCCUACACUCUUCCCCCGUAAGAUCUCAGGUAUUUCCGAUGAAACUGGGUUACCUGGCACAGGUAGAUGUUGUACCACUAAUAGAUCGCCGCCCAUUUCCGUGUGUUUAUAGGACUGUACCUGUUCGUCCGCCUGUGGCUGUUACAAGAUCAUCGUUAUAUCGCUGACAACAACUGUUACUAAGUACUGAGGUGGGUCUACACAAGCUCACCUCAGCCUAUUAGGCAAGCAGUGUCCUUACACGAACUGCGUUGCGUGUUGCAUGCCUCGGCACUAUUGUUGUUUAUCGACCUGAAUAAUCAUGGCGGGUGACUGGCUGCAGGCGACUGUGCUAGGUUUGCUACUUAUUGCUGCUCACUUAGAUCCCUCUGGAGCUAACACAGACAAGGACAUAAGAAUUUACCCGAAUAACAAGACGACCGCGAUACCAGCUUGCGCCAUUUUAACGUCUGACCCCGAAAUUCGUGAUGAACUGGCUCUGCUACUGGAGAGAAAGGCAAAGUCCAUAGAAAUCUCCAUCUCUUUCGAAGGAUACGCUAAGAACCCCAUGCAGGAUGAUGAGAGGAUAUUUUACAAACCGUGGUUGUGGGUUCGAACCACGGGCAGACAUGGGCAGGCGCUACUUAUGUUGCCAUUCUACUACAAAAUGAUGUCCGCCGGGAUGUUGGCAAUCGGUGCCGAGACAAUGUCGGCUAAACUCAAAGAUGAACCCCAGGGCUGCCUCGCCUCCCUCAAGUUCCGAGAAAGAGUUGCCCUGAUGAGGGAGUUUCUUCUCAACGAUUUUAAACCAGUGUCCCAGGGACUCACAGGAAGCCUGUCUGAGACUGAGUACGUGUGUGUCCAGACGUUGAAGAACGUGAAAAUGUACGGGGAUUUCGUACAUGACUGUUGUCGCUACGGGCCCGAUGGCGACAGCAUCUGCAUUGACCUGACUCAGGAGUUCUGGGUCAGCGUGCUGGAGGGAUUAUUGACCUUCAUGAAGAUUGCCAUCUUCCUCUUCUUCCCACUCAUGCUGCCAGGAUCUUUUUACAGACCACGCUAUGUACAGGACCGCUACAAGUUAGAGCUAGAGAAACCUGUCUACAUAUCCGUUUAUGUCACGGAUAAAAAAAUUGAUGCUGACGCUGUGAAAUGCCUCAAAAAAUUGGAUGCCAAACAACUUUCCUUAUGGCCAGAGUUUAACCACGUCAUCAAAUCAAAAGGGACGUCUAAAGUUCCGAUUCCCCGAAACACGCGAGUGAACCUCCCCGUCCAGAAUCUUCAUCUACAAGUUCAGCAGAAGAGGAUCAUCUCCAAGACGUACGUGCCAGUAAGUGUCCUGACGUAUCUCUAUAACAACUUCGUCAGAUGCAAGGUCAAGCAGGUUGUGCCGUUCAACACCUGCUGCAAAGCAAGCAUCUGUGGAACUUUCAAACCCAAGCGCUUCCCCGAUGUAAGCUGGCUCAAGUUCAGCCAGUCCCUGGUAAGAUUUAUAAUCCUCAUGCUUCUACCGCUGCCGUUCUACAUCCGGCUGGCCAUGUAUUCGUUACAUGAACACGAGGAGAUGGUGGCCAGAAAAGAGGCACUGGAGAUUCGAGGGCUUAAUGAGCCAUUUUCCGGUAACGCCGUUCAGUAUCUUUCUCCAACGCAUCCUCUAUUCAUCAUCAUUUACAUCGUGUACAUUAUCGAAGGUACUGGCAUAAGACUUUUGUCCAAAAAUAUGCGAGAGCGCUUUAAGUUCAUCCUGCGAGAGUCAUUCCGGGAAAUGAAAAGCAUUGAUAUUAGAGCAAAGUUAGCAAAAGCUGGCAAGAUUUUGAUUUACCCGCUGGAAACCUUCGGUUGUUUUGGCUUUGUCAUAGGAAUUUUUUAUUGGAUGUUUGCAAUACCGCUAGUCAUCCUGGCAGCCUGUUUGUAUUUUAUACCCAUGAUCUACCUAACUUGGCGAGUGGUUUACAGUUUCAUAUGUAUAAUCACCGAGUUGUAUCAGCGCCGAGGAAAGGAAAACACCAUGACCAAAAGUAAAACACUCAGAGGUCAGUUUAAAAAGCAAAGAGAUGAUUUGGGUACUCGGGAUUUCCUGCCUGGAAAGUUUGAUGAGGAGCAGUCAGACAGGCAUGGGUUUCUGAGGCUGAAAAAGAAACCAUUUGUUCGCGAAGUGAUGCUCCAAAUUUUUGUAAUGGUGUGCUCUAUUGCCACUAUUUACGCGACCACAAUUCUUCUGGUGGAAUGUGUGGGAUUCUUCGUAGAGCUAUUUGCCUUCACCUUGAUGGGAAUAAUUGUGAAUGCUGGACAGACAAUGAGGUAUGUGUCACUUUUGUUCCUCCUCUGGCUUUACAUGCACGAUUGCUUUAAAACUGUCCACGAAAAUUACUUAGCCUUGGGUACAACAAUCAUUGAUGAGGCAAUGGGGAGAGUAGAUCAGCUGGAGGAAGUGGCUUGUAAAUCAGCUGCCGAACAGGCCAAUAUGGGCUUUGUUAUUAAAUCCCAAAUGGACAAAAAAAUCCCUCAGCCAAGGCUUGAACUAGACAGCGAGCACGAACUACCGCGUUGGAAAAUAUUUCGGCCAUUACUUUUCCUUGACAAUACAGACAAACCGUACGUUUCCGUGAAAUUUUUCGAAUCCUUCAACACAACAUACGCUGCUGGAUGUCCCGGACCAGUUCUAAAUAGCUUGCUGGUGGCCACUCGGAAAUUUCUUAUUAUGGUAGCCUUCUUGAGCUUCGUCCUCAUCGUCGUGCUCGCGUUUGGGGAUUCGUACAACAUAUCCACCACGAACCAAACCUUGGCAACAGUUGUCGGAGGCAUGCUGCCUUGGCUGCUGAGAAACUUUGUCAUGGGAAAGAAACAGUCAAUAGCCAUAAGCUCAUUCGGCUUCAAAUUCUUGUUCGAUAUGUUUGCCAGAGAGCACUCCAAGAACUGGGGAAUCAGCGACCUGAUUAUUUCUGAACCACCCGAGGAGGAGGAAGAAUGGGAUGAGGUGGACAUUCCGGACCAACCAAAAGCUGAUGUGCCCGCCGCCAACACUGAAGAGCCGGAAGUGGAAGUUUUAGAUCAUAAAGGCGAUCCCAAAACUAACCAUUCGCCCAAAUAUCGCUUUGCGAUACCCAAAACCUACGAUGGAGAAUCUGUUCGGGUAAAGCCAGUGGACUUGCUUAUUGAUCUUUCACACAGUGACAAAGAAGUUGAGUUCGUUGCCUUGGAUAUCAAAGACACGCCACCGGAUAUAGACGGUGAACCAGAAACGGAAGAAGACAGGGCUGGGGCGAACUUGGCGGACACGAGCGCCACGAAAAUGUUGUAAAAAUUUGAGUGGAAGAUCCAAAAAAGUGCCCUACUCAAUUUGUUCACUCUUACAUUGCCAUGUUUUCAUUAUGGAUCAUUCGUAAAUCACAGACUCUGUGUAUUUAGACCAUUUGGAUCAAGUCCAACAAACAUUGCCCUUCUCAGUAUCUGACAUGAUGGAAAACAAAUGUUUCCCCAGCCACGUUUGCCUUUGAUUCAACUAAUGGGUCAUCCACACCCUCCAUUUGUGAAAUAUAGGACGUAUUUUUGAUAGACGUGCAUUAUUAUUUUAUUAUUUUUUGGACAGAUUUGUGAUUAUUUGUGACAAAUUUCGAAAAAAUGAGUGACUGGAAAAGUUAGUUACUCCCAUCGCCAUCUUGAUGACCCAAUGCCGCGAAAAAAAAAAAAGAAAGAAAAGAAAAACCAGAACGCCGGAUAUGCUCAUUUUGCAUUCCGCCUUCACCAUUAGAAAUUUGUUCUCAUCGUGGAAUAUUUAGUGCGUAAUCAGUAUGCCAAGAAGGUUUUUGUUAUAUUUUAAACAUUACAUUAUGUGACGUGCUGUGUGUCAUAUGUGACAUCUUUAUUCAUUUAUUGGGAUAUAACAUAUGGCCUACAUCUAAUUACGUCCAGUGUAUAGCUUUUAGUACUUUUUUGUUGUUUUUGAUUCAGUUGGGGUCAUCGGAAGGAAACAGUAUGCAUUUGUAUGUGAGUAUUAACUGGUUGCUUUCGUUUUUCAGUUAUGUGCAUAUUUUAUACUUUCUUUUUAAAAAAUAGUAUGGCGUAUAUCAACGAUAUUUGCGUAGAUCUCAUAAUAGUAAAAUUUACUCCAUGCACCACUAUUGCUACAUGUAUGUGUUUACUGUUGUUUUAUGAUCAGAUGGUUUUAUUAACUGCUCAGUCAUUAAUGGAAUACUAUCUAGGACAAUCCCAAAUAAGUGAUUUGUUGUAUACCUGAAACAUGAUACGUUUCAAUCCAUACUAGAACCUGUACAGAAAUCCACCGACAGGACAGAAAACAAGACUGACCUUGCCAGUGACAGGUAAAUGCGUGCAGGAGCUAGCUUAUUUCACUGGAACUGUGUGUACAUUUAGUCUCGUGUGUACAGCUGUAUUUGGCAAUUGUUUGGCCGACAGUACAGAUAAAUAUAUCUAUGUCUACACGUGAUAUAAUGGAUAUAUGCCAUAGACUUAACCUGGUUAUGUCACCGACCCAUUACUGGCCCAUACAUACAUGUACCGGGUACAUAACUACGUCGUCUGCGCUCAUUCCCGCAUUACAUUAACCUAGAUUAAAUGCAUUAAUGCUAUGAGCUAGACAAAUACGUUUUACAUGCAAAUCGAGUUUUGUGUUAAUUACAUGAUAUC